AUGAGUCCAAUAUCUGUUUAUAUGAAGUCUAAACGAACUAAAAAAAUCAAAAUCAACCGUGAUCCAAACGUUCCAGUUAUUACCGAAAGAGAAUUAUUUGCCAAUAUACCGCCACAAAUUACCUACUCUGCCCAAACUCACUAUGAUUUUUUUAAUCAUGGGAAGUCGCGUUUUCCUUCCAAAGUUUUCCAUUGGAAUGAUUUUACUGAAAUGGUUAAAAAUCAUAAUAUUGAUGACGUCUUGAAAAAGUACGAGCGACCAAAAAUUACAUUGGGUCAUGCGCCAGUGAGUACCAAAGAAGAAUUGGUUCAGAUUAUUGAAAUUCAAAUCAUAAACGCUCUCACAAGUAAGCUAAACCACGACGAUAUAGAAUUAAGUAAACUCACUGAAAAUUUAUUGAUUGAUUGGAAUGUGGUUACCCAUCAAGAUCAAAUUCUUGCAUCGAUUGCUUUGCGGACUCGACGCGUUCUUCGUCUUAAAGAGGAUGAUGAUGUCAUUCAAGCUUAUCGACAAAAUACAGGAGAUUUUGCUGAUAAUAUCAAUGAAGUCUACGAUUACAUGUGUGAAUUAGGUUUAAAAUAUUCGAUAUUAACUACUUAUGAAUGCACUUGGUUUUUGAAAAGAUCAGAGGAUGAUAAUUCAAUCUUAUUGAUUUCCCCGUGUCAAAGAAAUGAUAAUAAUGAUCCGACAAUCUUGCAAUUUUAUAAUUAUUUAUUACAUUUAUCAAAGAACGAACCUCUAAUGUCCCCAAGUCCAACUGUUAUCAAAGAAAUCGAUUACUUUCGCGAUGAUUAUUUGGAUUAUGAUUCUGAAACUUUUUCCGGUCCUUCUCAUAAACGUUUAUAUUCGGGUUCCGAAGAAGGUAAUUUUGAAAUUAAAAAGUUUCGUCACGAUGAAAGCAUAACAGAAGGGUCGCGUCGUAUUUAUGAUGAUGAUCAAACUAUUAUUCGCGGUGUUUUGGAUUGGAAUAAAGUCAUCAUCAAAAACGAGAUUGGUACUUCCUCGAACGGGAAUAUUUAUUUAGUCGAAUAUAAUGGAGAACAACUUGAGGCAAAGUUUACGGAUGGAGAUGACUGGAAGAGAGCUGAUUUGGAAAAAGAAGCUCGAAUAUACAACCGGCUCUCAACCUUACAAGGAGUUCAUAUCCCACAAGUGAAAUAUAUUGGAUUCACUUUAAAAGGUGAAAAAUAUGUCUUUGCUACCGAACACAUUACGAAAACUUCGAGAUUGUUACAAAGAUAUAAAGAGAAGGCUUUAAAUGCCAUCAAAGAAAUUCAUAGUGCUGGUAUCAUUCAUAUGGAUAUCUGCGAAUCAAAUUUUAUUGUAGGACAUAUUGACGAUAAAGAUGAAGAACGCGUUUUUGUUAGAGGAUUUUUUAAUUCUAAAGAUUUUAAAGAUGAACAACAUGCUCCCAUAGCUUCUUACCAUAUUUACAUGGAGAACGAAAAGAAAAAG